UGUCCCGCAGCUCCGAAGAUGGCGGCGCUGGGGGCGCGGCGGCUGCUGCGGCCCGGCCGCCGCUGGUUCUCGCAGGCCGAGUCCACCAGCCCCUCGCUAGCCUCCGGCCCGCUCUACCCGCCCGUGGUGGCGUCCAUCACGGCCAAGAGCAAGGCGGCCCAGCAGCGGCGCCGGGAGAACUUCAAGCAGCGAGUGCACGCUGCGGCCACGGUGGAGGAGAAACUGCGGCUGUACGAGAAGUUGCAGCGGCCCAAGUACAUGGUGUACCCGCAAACCUUCGCUCUCAACGCCGACCGCUGGUACCGCAGCUUCACCAACACUGUCUUCGUGCCGGGCAUGCCCCCAGGAGCGGUGGCGGCGGAAGCGGCGCCCAAGGCCGGCGGAGGCCCGGGAGCGGGAGCACCGGAGAGUGCGACAAGCCCGGGGGCUGCGACAACCUCGGGGGCUGCGACAACCUCGGGGGCUGCGACAACCUCGGGGACUACGACAAGCCCGGAGCCCGCGGCGGGAGCGCUCCCACCCCUGGAUAUGGGCGAGCUGCGCUCCCUGGCCUGCGACGCCCUCCUGCAGGAGAGCUUCUAUCAGAACAAAAAGCGGCCGUUCCUGUACCGUGACCAGGAGCACACGCCCGGUCCCUUCCUCACGCAGCUCGUUUCCACCCUCGCCGCGUUCCUGUCCGGCCACAAUCCGCUGCUGGCGACCUCCUCCCUCGAUCUAAAGCCCGAAGUUAACUAUUACUGGCAUCAUGGUGAGGAAGUUGUUGCUCAUGGACAUCGGAAGGGUAGAGUUGAUCCUGUGCGAUUCCAGAUAGACGAUAAGCCACACCUCCAGAUCCGUGUGCCAAAGCAGCUUCCCCAGGUUGUACCCCUGGAUUCAAAUCUGGGAGAUGUUCCUGUUAUUAAUCACAAACCAUCCAAACUACCGUUGUUCAAAAAGCAGUACGAAAAUAAGGUAUAUAUAGGAUCGAAGGUGGCAGAUCCAUGCUGUUACGGACAUACCCAAUUUCAUCUUAUUCCCGAUAGACUGAAGCGGGAGAGGCUCAUAAAGGCUCGUCUUGAGGAUCAGAUUGAAGUUGUUUAUCGAUCAAAUGGUAUUGCCAGUCUCUUCGCAUGGACAGCAGCCCAAGCAAUGUAUCAAGGAUUCUGGAGUGAAGCAGAUGUGACUCGUCCUUUUGUAUCACAAGCAGUAGUGACUGAUGGAAAAUACUUUGCUUUCUUUUGUUACCAGCUAAAUACUUUAGCACUAACUGCAGAAACUAUGAAAAAUAACCCUCGAAAGAAUAUCUGUUGGGGUACAGAGAGUAAGCCAUUGUAUGAUGUCGUGGAAAAUGGUAAUGUGAAAGAUUUUAAUGAUGAAGUUCUGCUUCAUUUGGUUCGUUUUCUACUAAAUAGACCAAAAGAGUUGUAAAUCAUUAAUCAAUAAAGUGUUGCUUUGUAUGUGCCUGAA